UCCAGUCUAUUUCGAAACGCGUUCGGCGCGGUGUGUUAUCGCUGAAUCGUGUGCCGCCCUCAACCUCGAAAGGAAACUUUUCCGUGACGGUGACUCACCGGCGGAAGAGUGGAGACCACUGGUUCCUAGAGCGAGGCGACAAAAGGAAGGACGACGACGACGCGAAUCACCCCAUACAUCCUGUGACCACUGGGGAAGCACACUGCGAAGUGCCCGUACUCGCAGCACGCCCUGCAGGUUCAUCUAUCUGCUGGGCAAGUGUUCCCGCCAGGGGCGUAGUCAGGCCUCCACGGUAGGGGGGCUCGAUACACCCCUCCACUCCCACGCCGCUGAUACUGCGCACGCCUACACACUACUCAUCCUUGUGCAAACAGCGAGGCAGUGUUGCGGAGACUAGGUCUACAUGGAGAUGUGAUUGCCGAACAGCCAUUCCUACCACAAUAUGCUCCUUGACGAACUUAUCGGCAACAGUGUCGCUGCAAGGGUGAGACGUCCGCUCAGUAACAUGCACACCAAGCGAGCAAGGAUCAUCGAAGCUUCCAUCAUCUUCCUGGUGUGUGUCACUGCUCCAUUCGGAUGUGAUCUCCAAGCAGCGGUUCAUGAAGAAGCGUUCAAUAUGCUCGGCGAAUCUCCCUUCUUCACCUGCAAGCAACCUGAAGGUACUUCUCGUAAACCGAUCUGUUCUUGCGACCCAUCUUGCAAUCGCUACGGUGACUGUUGCAUCGACGUUGCUAAAGAUGUACCACGUGAACGUUAUGUGUGUGCGGAGCUACCAGGUCAUGGACGGUACGUUUGGGUGAAAGCAUCGUGUACAGUAGGAUCGGUUUCACAGUGGUCGAAAAAGAUGUGCGAGGGACAACCUACGGGCGAUUUCCCUAAGUUGUCGUACCAGUUCAAAAUCGACAUUCCUUCCUUUCACAAGCCGUCAAGGGUCCUAUAUCGAAAUAUUUAUUGUGUAGAGUGUAACGGGGGGCACUAUGAGGAGACGUACGGGUGGGCCGGUAACUUUGAUUGGCUCGGACUGUCGCCACGAAACGUAAGUGCCAGUAGCCAACUGCAAAAGUUUAUGUAUAACGCCAAGCGACGCGUUUAUUGGAUGAAGCACGCGGGUAUUAUCUAUAAUGCUACGUUUCAAAGUGCUGUAUUUGGGUGGAAGAAUUUUACUCAGGUGUUCAACACGACGGAGUGCUCUCCCGCUGUGGUGGAUACAUGCCCCAAAGAAAGCGACCGUGUGCUCGCUCAGAAGUGUGCACUGUACGCUGCCUAUUAUACCCCAAACAAUACGGUACGAGUGACUUACAAGAACUACUAUUGCGCCCUCUGCAAUGGAGUGUCCCUCGCAACGGUUGAGGAAGACGGCGAGCGAGCGAGAUACAUCCACGCAUUGGUUACUCCUUCUCUUGGUAAACCCACUUCAGACAUCUCCUCGUCCCAGCUCGCCCCGCGGAUACACCACACUGGAUGUGGUGAAGGUCAAAUAAGGCUGCCAGGACUGAACUCUUGUCGAGUUUUCGGCUGCAGACGGGGAACGGUGAAAGGCAUCGAAGGUUGUCGACGAACUGACGGUACCCAUAGCUGCCCCUGGCUCCUGUUUGAAGGACACGAAGCUGCCAUCCUCCCGAAUCGCACCCUGUAUUUCAACUUCAAAUUGGCAACUGUGAGUUCCGAUGACUACGAAAUAGACAGCUGGACGGGGCAUAUCCUCGUGUGUGUCCGAUAUACUGUACCUGUGCUGCCUGAUCAAACAAAAUUUACACCGAAUAACCUGUCAACGGAACCAACACUUAGUCCUAACGACGGCGACCAUCGGGUGACUGCAUCUGCAGUGAUAGUUUGUGUAGCGCUGACUCUCGUCAUCUCAGAGCUCCUCGUAUAGGGCCUAUACGGGUUUUUGUCAGGCGCUAUAUCUGGGAUGUACCCAUAUAAUGUAACGGUUGUUCCUGUACAAACACAAUCUACUAUAUUGAAUGCCUGCUCACCGGAAGCAAGACUUAGUUCAAACUGCGACGACCCGCGGUUCAGGGUGUGUCUACUUUCUCUUUCAGCUAGUGAUGUGUCGUUCGUGGACGACCCCUUCAAACUGAACUAGUCAUUCGGGUGAACUGAACGAAUUAGUUCAACAACAACCAAAACAUUAGUUCCGCAAUUUAGUUCAUUGGGCCUCGACACCCACAACGCAUACGCCGUUAGCUUUGAUACGCUUCCGAGUGUGACAUCUGCUGCGCCAUCUAACGAACGUUUUGUAAAGCUAACAAAGCGCAUGCGCGCCAGAAGGGCGGGAGACCACGGCGCACACGCUGUGGCCUUGAGUGGCUGUGACGCUGCGCUGAAGUGGACUGUGUGAAGGUGUGAAGGAACUGAACUGGAUGAACUAAAGAACUAAACGACGUCGCGAGUAGUUUUGAAGUGCUCGCAAAGCCUGCCGUUGCCUGUCAGAACUGCUGCUCGUCCACAGCGCAUGCGCUUAAGGAAAAGCGCGGGCGGUGCGGCGAGGCAAAGCCUCAAGUGGACGGUGUGAAGGAAGAGAACUGGACGAACUAAAGAACUAAACGAUGUCACCGGACGUUUUGAAGCACUCGCAGGCCCUACCGUUGCCCAUCAGAGAAGGUGCUAGUCCACAGUUAAGAAAAAGCGCGGGUGGCGCGGGGAGGGAGAGAACUGGACGAACUAAAGAACUAAACGAUGCCGCGGGUCGUUUGGAAGUACUCGCAGCGCCUGUCAGAACUGUUACGUGCACAGCGCAUGCGCUUAAGGAAAAGCGCUGGGAGGGAGACCCAGCAGAGCGGCUUUGAACGCCGUAUGGAUUGAAGUCCUGUGGGCGGCGAACGCUGAACAAGCCUAAAUAAUUUAGAACUGCUUGCGUUGAGAUCGCUGUGAGCUCCUUCACGCAGUUGUGGACUGCUAGUGGCGCCGUUAUGUUCUGACUUCUGGCUGACUGCAUGUGACUGGCACCCCCUGGAGCGGGCAGGCUAUUUUUGCGGCAAUACAUUGCAAGCUUCCCAAUUUUUCCUCCACAUCGCUAGACGUUGUACUUUUCUUCAAGCUCUCUCAUGCAUUUGAAUGAAAUGAAUUGAAACUGCAGUUACUCUAUCACACUUCUGUGUUCUCAAGUUCGCAGCAAGCAGACGUAAGUGAUCAGAAAUACACGAUUGUAACAUUGAACGACGACGGCACCUUGCAUAUUGAUCUGUGCAUUACUUUUCUCGUUACAAAUAUACGUAGAAAAUUAAAGAAAAAG